CUGAUCACACAUUACUUUCACUUUCUCACACCAAUUUAGAAUCUAUUUUCAGUUACAUUCCAAUCCUACUUUUUCCUUUCAUAGCAUACAACACAUUUCCAUUUUAGGAAACUCUCUUCACUUUAUGACUCACCACUCAGUAAUUAUCAUCAGUAUAGUACUACUGAUAACUAUAGACUCAGAUAAUAAUAAUAACACUCUUUAGUCUUUAGUUUAGUUUCAUUGCAAUCAAUCUUAGCUAGUUACUCUCUCUUUCUUUUUUACUUUCUUUCCCAUCUCAUCUAUAUUAGUAUUGUAAAAGGGCAAGAGGAGAAGAAGUAGAUUGAAAAUGGGUCGUGGGAAGAUUGAGAUAAAGUUGAUUGAGAAUCCAACAAACAGGCAAGUUACAUACUCAAAGAGAAGAAAUGGUAUAUUCAAGAAAGCUCAUGAACUUAGUGUUCUUUGUGAUGCUAAGGUUUCACUCAUCAUGUUCUCUAAAAACAACAAGAUGCAUGAAUACAUCACCCCCGGCCUUUCUACAAAGAAGAUUAUUGAUCAGUAUCAGAAGACUUUGGGGGAUAUUGAUCUAUGGCGUUCACACUAUGAGAAAAUGCUUGAAAACCUGAAGAAACUGAAAGAUAUUAACCAUAAACUUAGAAGACAAAUCAGGCAUAGAAUAGGUGAAGGUGGUAUGGAAUUGGAUGAUCUGAGCUUCCAGCAACUUCGCAGUCUUGAAGAAGAUAUGAAUUCUUCCAUUGCAAAAAUUCGUGAGAGGAAGUUCCAUGUGAUCAAAACUAGGACUGAUACCUGUAGGAAAAAGGUUAGAAGCUUGGAGCAAAUGAAUGGAAAUCUCCUUCUUGAACUUGAAAAGUGUGUGAUCCAUCCACAAUUUCUUUUCCACGACGAAGGAGACGAGGAAUCAGCUGUUGCACUGGCUAAUGGUGCUUCCACACUGUAUUCAUUCUGUCAGCACCAUUCUCAGAUGAAUCUUCCUCAUCAUCAUGGAGGAGAAGGUUUCAAGAACGACGAUCUGCGCCUUGGUUGAGUAGUUGAAUUGAUGGAAGCAAUGUCAUGUUGAAUUUUCUUGAAUUAGAGUUGUAAAUUAAUUAAUCAGCUAGCUAGCUAGCAGUUGUUAUGUUUAUUUAUGCUUUAAUUAGUCUGUAAUGUUUAUUACAUUAAAUCUUAAUUAUGUUUGUUUCAAACUAUCCAUCUAGGUAGAUAAGUUAGCAAGCUAGCUUAUUGUGUUUAAUUUGACAGAAGUGUGGUCAGAAAAACAGAAUGACUGUGUUUUAUCUAUAAGUUUAUAUUGUUUGUUUGGCGAGUAUGUUA